UUGAGUAUUGCAAAAAUUUCCAGGAAACCGUCAUCCCUUCUGCGGCGUUUGAGCGGCAAAAGAGCGGCAAAUGACAUCGUGCCAGGUAGCUCAAGCCAGAAGCAGACAUUCAUGCCAAGAUCUGUGUCCAGUCAAGAUGGAGCAAUUCUCGGCGGUCCGCCGACCACCACCUGCCCUCCAUCUUCUUCAACAUCCAGUGGAAGCGGCGCAAUGGCUGGUGUCACUGGCCAGAAGUCCGUCUGCCAUAAGCGCCUGUCAGAUGUGGGAUUGAGAGAGGAAAAUCAGUCUCCUCUAGUGUCGUCGCGACCUUCAUCUCUCAGAGGCCUUAAACAGCCCCCACCAUUAACGACAUUCGGUCCUGGAACGUCUAGUACUAGUGUGAACGUUGUCAAAUUGCCAACAUCGCCGAUACCAGUGAGCCCGCUAGCCAGAUCAGAGCACUCAGAUGCUGGACGCGAUUGUGACGCGAAGGUCUCCAAGCCCUUCGUCUGGAAACAAGUUCAUCGCCAGUGGUCGAUCGUUUCUGCGUAUGCUUCAUCGCGAUGA